CUCAGCACACGCUCUCACACUUUGCAUACCCUUGUUUCCUCCUGUUAAAACACACACUUUCUCUCAUAUUUUGGAAAGUUGAUAUAUAAUAUACCCUCCUUUCCCCAAUGUCGACUGCCAACGUACUUGAACCUUCAACGUUAAAUAGACUGAAUCCCAGUUCGGACAUGGUUUUUGUUGCCGCCGUCACUGUAGGCGAAUCCCGAUCCUAUUAUUUUCGUCAAAAUCUAAACACUACGCCAUCGUCGUCGCCAAAAUACAAUGCUCCAAAACAAAUUAUACCAUCUGUCCCUCGUCACCGAAUAAAAGCACCGCCCAACUCAUUCUUAUCGCCGAUCCGGUCCGAAAGGACGCCACCACGUCGGCAAAACAACGAUAAUAAUAAAAAUGCAGCAGAAACUGCAGCAGCAUCCGCCCCAUCGUCACAGCUAUCAAUAUCACCAUUAUCGUCUUGUUCAUUUUCAUCAUCUUCGCCAACACGAUCUGUACAAAAUAAACAGCAACCACAGUUACAAGCAGUUCAAAAACUUCGCAGACCUUAUCCACUGAUCCAUGCAAUUUCAUCACCGGCUUUGCUUCUUCCACUCAAAAAGAAUCGUGGCGACAGCAGACGACGGAAAGUAAGUUUUAGCGAGCAUGUCGUCGUAGUUCGAACAAUCAUUCAUACCGACGACGACGAUAACAUCCAAGAAGAGGAAGAAGACUGUGACGAGGAACAAGCGGAGGAUGGAGGAACAUGUAUAUCUGGUUGGCGAAGGCAUUCGACUGGCUCGACGCCUACUACUCCAUCAUCAGCGUCUGAUGAAGAUCUAGAAAACAACGAAGUUGCAAGGCGACGGCUUUUAGAUGUAUCUAAAUCAUUAAAACGAUUUGUGUUCUGACAGCAAAACAACUGUAAUAAAGAAGAAUGCAUAUUUUAUCAGACAAGUUGGGGCUAGGAUACAGGAGAAGUUUUUAGUUCAAAGCACAUAUUGAUUCUUUUUAUUUGGAUAAGGUAAGAAAACGCCCCAACUUGAGGAUAUGCUGUAUCAACGCGACUAGAUACUUCAGU